ACAGAUGCUUUUAGAGAGAGAUAUUCAAAAACAAUUCAGCUAAUGUUAUAUUCAUGAAAUAUACAUAUUUGUCUCAGAACUUAAGUGAUUUUGCCUUCAGUGAUUUAUAAGUGAGAGGUUUUGAGUGAAAGGGAAACCUUUGACUUUACCAAAAAUGCAUAGCACCGUUGGAUGUUUCCGCUUCCCCAUCCCAUCAACCUGAGGACGCAUUUAUUUACCAGUAAUACAUUGUUCGACGUUAAUUCAUUUAAACAGUUUCGGACUUUCUGAUAUUGAAGGAAAAUGUUGUGCUGGGUGGUAAAGUGGACAUGUUGUCUACUAGUGCUCUUCAAAAUCAGCGCUGCCUCUGUUGACGCUGGACGCACAGACUCUCCUGGCGAGUCAGGGUCGGGGAUGCUACCAACAGAGGAGGUGAACCUUCUAGAAGAACUCUCGCUGCAGGUGUCCAACAGCAGCAAUGCCUCCAUGUCUCUGGAUGCUCUGAGGUGUCCGGUGCUGCAGGUGGGACAGUACUCCACCCUGGCCCUGCCCCUAGCUGAACUCUUCACUGACGGGUUUGCAGAUGAGUUCAGCCUAUUGAUGCAGCUGCGGAGCCCUCAGCUAGACGAACACAGUGUGCUCACCCUGCUCAGCCACGACAGCCACAUCCUGCUGCAGCUGCGCAUCAGCGCGUACACACUCACCUUCAUCGGCACGCAACAGCGCCUCUAUGAGUUCCCGGUCAGUAGUCUGUCUGACGACCAGUGGCACCAUGUGGCUGUGAGUGUGUCAUCCGCUAGACUGGCGCUGUAUGUGGAUUGUGCCCUGGUGGAGCGUGUGGACUGGGUGUACCAGGGUAUGGGAAUCACCCCUGACGGUCUACUCAUGGUGGGGGGCAUCGUAGAGGGCUUCGAGACACCAUAUGAGGGCCAACUCCGACAGCUGACGUUCCUGAUGGGCGACCCCGACGCCGCCCAACACCACUGCACUCUCCACCCAGUCCAGUGUGGGGGGGCUGCCUCCAAGUCCCCCCGUUCACCACGGACCGACCACACUAUGGAGGAGCUCCUGCUGUCCUCAAAUGACCUGGAAGACCUGUUAGAGCGAUCCAAGGAUUCCUCUUUCUUGGAUGUGGAGGUGGGGGAGACUGAAACAAUAUGGUCUGUACUUGGCAAUAUGGUCUAUACUUGGGUCAGCAUCAGCCAGGGGACCAGGAACCACCGGCCUGAGAAGGGAGACGAAGUCAUCCACCGCAGGGGCCUCAGUCUGGCUAGGAGCCAGGGCCGGCUGAUAACCCAGGACACACGAAGGGAGUAA